AUGAGUUUUCUGGGUAAAUUAUUUGGUGGGAAGAAGGAGGAAAAAGGGCCCUCAACCCAUGAAGCAAUUCAGAAAUUACGUGAAACUGAGGAACUGUUGCUCAAAAAACAAGAGUUUCUAGAAAAGAAGAUUGAUUUAGAAGUACAGACAGCCAGAAAACAUGGUACCAAAAACAAGCGUGCUGCGAUAGCCGCUUUAAAGCGCAAGAAGCGCUACGAGAAGCAGCUGACCCAGAUCGACGGCACGCUCACACAAAUCGAAGCGCAGCGGGAAGCGUUAGAAGGCGCUAACACUAAUGCCCAGGUCCUCAACACCAUGCGAGAAGCUGCCAAUGCCAUGAAGCUCGCCCACAAGGAUAUUGAUGUAGACAAAGUCCACGACAUUAUGGACGAUAUCGCUGAACAGCACGACAUAUCUCGUGAGAUCACAGACGCGAUCAGCAACAACGUCGCAUUCCCCAACGACAUCGAUGAUGACGAGCUGGAGAAGGAACUUGAGGAACUCGAACAGGAGGAUCUUGACAAGGAGAUGCUGGGCAUCGGAGUACCGACGGACAAUCUACCAGACGUGCCCGCUUCCGAACUCGUGCACGACAAACCUAAGCCUAGCAGGUCCAAGCAGACAGAAGAUGAUGAUGAUCUGGCGCAACUGCAAUCAUGGGCCACAUAA